GUUCGCUAAGUCUGAGUGGGUUCACACGCAGUGAACGUCUUCCAAAUUUAUUAUUCCUAAGGUUGCUUCCUCGCCGUCGCCGUCCGUUGUUAUCUUCAGCUUGACUUACUUGGGAGCCAGGACAGAGUAAAUCAAAGAGAUUCAAUGCUUGGAAAGGAAAAGGCCUUGAACAACCUGGAAGAACUUUCUGGCUUUAUAUUCAUGUGCAAUCAUGUAACUAAGCCAGAGUGCUAUCAAUUUAGAGUUUUUGGGCUCCCUGAAUGGAAAAAGGAAGUUGUAGAGAAAAUACAGCCUGGCGUGCACCUUUUCUUGUUUGAUUAUGAUUUAAAGCUUCUCUAUGGUAUAUACACAGCUACCUCUAGUGGGAAGCUAGGGAUAGAAGAAUCAGCUUUUGGUGGAAAAUUCCCAGCCCAGGUAAGAUUUAAGAUUCAUCAAGACUGUUUACCCUUGCCAGAGAGCUGCUUUAAACACGCAAUUCAAGAAAAUUACCAGAAAGAUGGUCGCAAAUUUAGUCCUGAACUCAGUCUCGGACAAGUAAAAAGUCUAUUGUCGCUGUUUCGUCCAAUAUUGAUCAACAAGCAAAUUAUUAUGCCAGCUAAAGCCCCGGUACUGUCCAUGCACUACCAAACUUCAGAGAACCAGCUUCAUCUCCCUGCAUGGCCUCUUGCUUUGCAGAAUGCUUAUUCAGCUGGGAAUAGCGGUAGUUUUGGUGAAUUAGUGCCAGAACCUCAAUGUACAUAUCAGAAUAUGCCAUACCAAUACCAUCAACCUGAGUGUCACUUCUUGAUGAAUACGGCCAACAUUCAUGAUCCAUCGUUGCAAAAUUAUCUGCACGCAGAUCAGAUUAACUUAAACCCACAACCUUACUUUUCUUCCUCCAUGGGGGGCAGCUAUGCUCAAUCACUGCCAGAUCCUCAACAUGCAUAUAUCCUGAAUCCACCGUCUAAUUUUCGUUCGUCAAUGGUUAAUAUGGGCAGCAGUCAAGCUCAAUCAAUAUCAGAUCCUCAACAUGUGCAUGUUCUAAAUCCACAACCAAAUUUUAAUCCCUACAUUUUGAAUAUGGGCUAUGCCAAUCCUAUUAUGCAGUCACAUGCUUCGUCAUUAUCAAAUGUUCCAUAUCAUUCUGGUCAAAUUGGGGACGCAUGCAUACCUGAAGCUUUCUCCUCUGCCUCUCAUCCAUAACGAAGUUUAGAUCCCUGAUGUUGAGGACGUAGUUCUGAUUAUUUACCAUGGAAUGAUGCAGUUGGCAUUUUGGGAAGUACUUUUUAACUAGAACAAUGGCAUUCUUUCAAGUGGGACCGCCUUACAUGGCUUUUGCAUUUUAUAUUUUUUCUUUUGGGAGACAGAUGAUUUGCAAUAGGUGAAGCUGGGUUGCUUAAAACUCUUUGGUGAACAAGGCAUUGAAUUGUCUAUCCUACAUUCCUGAACAAAGUGUGAAUUUGAUGUAAAAAUUUAAAUCUAAA